CAAAAAUACGUGCCAUUUAAGACAUACAUUUGUAACUGCCAUCGCGUUGCAUUGACUUGACCCGGGUGUAACUCCGAGGACUCUAGAACGUAUCGGCCCUAGCAUCAUAAGGACGGGUAAUUGAAAAUCUGGGCUUUAGAUUGUGUAUAUCGAUUUUUGUCACUGUUGGGCAGACGGCUAUGCCUGGAGAAGAUUUCUUUUACCGACGGUACCGCAAGUUGCAAGGAGCAAUGAUAUAAUUGUUGCCAGCCGCAAAAAGAGCUACAACUGGCAACUUAAAGGCACUCCAGUCAACGGCGGCUUUGCACACGCGGCGUUCCGUCUCUUGGGCUUUACAGUUUGCUUCGUCGUUUGCCCAUCAACAACGCAAGCAUGGCAAAGCGGAGCGCGGAAAUUUUCGCUAACCACGAGUCUGUACCGGCCGGCGCGCUUCCGUUCUUUGUGCCCAGCACGAAGCGCAUUCGCAGCGAGGGAUGCGGCGCGCCACCGUCGCCGUCUGACCCGCUCAACUACCAUUAUCAGACACUAUCAUCAUCUUCAGACGAAAUGAAUGACGCAAAUGCAGCAGAUCAGGCCGAAGCUGUUUCCGCGCAUCACUUGGCUGCUGCGCCGUGCUGUAGCUAUGUGCCCUGGCACGCGGGAGCCGGCUUCCAGGGCAUUGGGUCAAUGGAAUAUCUGACUACCUUGGGCAUCAAGACUCCGCCAGAUUGCCUGGACGCACGCCGUUUUCUGGAGCAGCUGGCGGGUUGCCUGCUGGGCUGCCAGCUUGCAAGCUCGGACCGAGCCUCUAACACCGGCGUCGUUGGCGCAAGCUUGGGAACUGCACUGUGGCACUCAUUCGCCGAGCUCAAUGUGCUGCUGGCAAGGCAAUUCUCGGAGCUUCCCACUUCUAUGCUGCGUGGCUACCACAGCUUUACCCGUGCCCCCCGCGCGCAGCUGUGGUUUCGCUUCGCGGCGUCACAGGGAGGCGAGAUGUGCGAGGAGAUGCAGGCCGGUAUGCCGGGCUGGUUGGUGCUGAUGCGGUUCUUGUUAGAGCACAUCCUGGCACCCUAUCCCACCGCGUCGUGUGUUAUGUACACAAUUGAGGUGCCGCCGUGGCUGCGAACUUGGUGCGCUCGCUGGGGCCAAGGAAGUAACACGCCGUUGCGGAUCCUUGCAUUGUUUGCCUAUGAGGCGGCCGGCACACCGUCGCCACGGACACUUUAUGUACCGUGCAUCGAGACCGCUGGUUUCUGA